GUCAACAAGUUUAUUUUAUCAGCAUUUAUCAGUUUUAUGGUUUCUACCAGUUUUUACUUUUCAUUUAACGUGUUUGAAAUAAUACAGGAUACCUAUUCAUCGAGGAAGCUACUGAUAAAAAUUAAGUUUUUAUUUAUUUAGUAACUGCGAAUAAAGCGACACUAGAAUUAAAUUCACGGAUUACAGUGAUAUUUUAAUAGUAGAGUAAUUGUUAAUUUAAUAUCAAAGUCUUAAUCAGGAUUUGUAUACUUUUACCUACGUUUAAUUUAUACCGUUUGUUGAAAUAGGCGUACUUUAAAAAUUAUAUAAUAAAUACUUCCUUCCUGUCUUCAUAUUUGAUAUAACAAGUGAAAUCUGCUGUAGUACAAUACGAAUUACAUAAAAGAAGUUUAGAAACAUCAACAAAAAUGGAAAAUCUAUUUCUCGCUCCUGAACAUGUGUUACAAGGUGGAUACUUUCAAGAAAGUCUUCGAAAAUUGCAAGAACCAAAUACUAGUAUUGAACCACACAAUUUAAUGUAUCCAGUGUUUUUGCUGGAAAACGAGGAUGGCUUCCAAUCAGUGUCUAGUAUGCCAAAUGUAUACAGAUAUGGCAUCAAUAAACUUAUACCCGCACUCAAAGAACUUGUAGAUAAAGGCUUAAAGUCUAUACUUAUAUUUGGAGUUGUGGAAACAUUAGAAAAGGAUGCAACAGGUACGAAUGCAGAUUCACCACAAAAUCCCGUAGUGAAAGCGCUUCCGAAGUUAAGAGCUGCGUUACCACAGCUACUGCUCGCUGCGGAUGUGUGUCUUUGCCCAUACACAUCGCAUGGACAUUGCGGUCUACUGACCGACAACGGUGCUAUAGAUCAUGCGGAUUCUGUUAAGAGAAUAGCUGAAGUUGCUCUUGCGUAUGCUAAAGCUGGUGCUCAUAUUGUGGCACCUUCUGAUAUGAUGGACAAUAGAAUCAAAGCCAUCAAGGAUGCUCUGGUCGCUAACAGAUUGCAAAACCAGGUAUCAGUGUUGUCGUACUCGUGUAAAUUCGCGUCGUCGAUGUACGGCCCCUUCCGCGAUACUAUGAAGAGCUCCCCCAUGGCCGGUGACCGCAAAUGUUACCAGUUGCCGCCCGGCAGUGCAGGACUUGCCAUGCGCGCCGCUUGUAGAGACGUGGCGGAGGGCGCGGACUUCCUGAUGGUGAAGCCGGGGCUGCCCUACCUCGACAUCGUGCGACAGACCAAGGACAAGUUCCCGCAACAUCCACUGUUCAUAUACCAGGUAGGGGGAAACUUUUUCGCAGAUGAUGACAAGAAGCUAAAGGAGCGCGUCGAGUCGAGAAACGAGCUGGAGAGCUAUGCUUACUCGAUCAAGAACCAGCUCCAGGAUAAGGAGAAACUUGGCGCUAAGGUCAGUGAUGACGACAAAGCGAAGAUGGAGGAAGCCAUCGACGCUGCGAUCAAAUGGCUAGAAGACAACCAGGACACAGACGCGGAAGAGUACAAGAAACAGAAGAAGAGCCUAGAAGAUGUAGUGCAGCCCAUCAUCGCCAAGCUGUACCAGGGUCAAGGCGGAGUGCCGCCGCCGGGCGCGGGCGGGGAGGACGAGGACUUCAAGGACGAGUUGUAAACUAAUAGGAUAUAACAAGUGAUCAUAACCAAAUGUGAUCUCCGCUCAGUACAGAUUGUACACGCGCUAUUGCCGUGUCGCUUCGAAAUAUAAACUUAGCAUUAAGUGGUAAUCUUACAGCUUACAUUAAGCUAUUAAAUCUUAUAGCUUAUUAGUUCGUGUAUAAUCUGUAUCGACGCACAGAUGCUGUGUGUAGAUCGUUUUGUGUAUAUUUAUUGUUGUGCGUGUUGUUUGUGUGCGUGCGGCGGACUCGAAGUCGAUCUCUCUAGGGCCGGCCGCCGCGCGACGAGCGUCAGGUUGUAUGAAUGUGUCGUGGCUGUAUAAAAUGUUGCAUUUUUAUUUUUAGUGUAAUUCCAAUAGUGUGAGAUGUUUUUUUCUCAAUGGGUCCCGUCUGUUUGCACAACCCUAUGUAUGUCUGCUAGUUCUCGGCGACCUACCUCUGUGUUCUAUACUGUAUAAUUGUUUUGAGACUGCUGAAUAAAUUGUUAGCUCGUAAUUAAUUAUGUAGUAAUUUAAAUAAUUUUCAAUGAAGUACGGAGGAGUACAUAAAUAAAAAGAUUUUUUAAUAAGAUAAA